AUGCCCGCGGCCGAGCUGCGGCGGCGGCCUUGGCGUGAUGGUCCGCCCGAGCACCGCGCAUUGGCUGGGCACCAGGUGUGGCAGAGGAGAGUCGCAGCGGCGACAGCGCUCGUGUUCAGCACCACAGGACGCGCCAUGGGCAAAGCGAAGCUGUUCAUUCCCGACACGGGCGUCGGGAAAUCAUGCCUGGUGCUCGCGGAGUACUGCGGCGCCCUCCCGAAGAUUGAGAUCGCCGAGAUGAUGUCCAAGGAUCCUGUCCCGAAGCUCCAGGUCGACGGGGCCGAGGUCGUGGGGGCGUCGUCUGUCCUGAGCGCGAUCGCUCGGAUGGCCCCCGGCGCUCACGGCCUCCUGGGCACCACGCCGACCGAGGAGGCCGAGGUGCAGCAGUGGCUGAGCUUCCGGAACCGCGAGCUCGAGCCGCUCCUGGACGACAAGCUCGCCCCCGUCAACACCGUCCUGCUGACCAGGACGUUCGUGUGCGGGUCGCGGCCCACGGUGGCGGACUUCGCCCUGUACGGGACCGUCGCCACGGCGGUGUCGAAGAUGACGGCACCGCAGCGGGUCAACGUCAGCAACCUCAUGCGCUGGUACGACUACUGCCAGCACGUGUUCGACCGCGCCGAGGUGUUCCCUCGCGUGCCCGUCGCGCGGCCAGCGUUCAAGCCGCCCAGCGCUGCGGAGCUCGCGGCCGCAGCGGCCCCGGCUGCCGCGAAGGGCAAGGGCAAGGGCAAGGGCGACGACAAGGCCGCCGCCGCCCCCGCGGACAAGAAGGCGGCGGGCGACGCGGGGGGCAAGAAGGCGGAGAAGCAGGGCGAGGGCAAGGCCGCCGCGGCGCCCCCUGCGGCCGCGGAGGGCGAGGGCAAGAAGAAGGAGGGCAAGAAGGACGCGAAGAAGGAGAAGAAGGAGAAGAAGGAGAAGCCUGAGAAGGUGGCGGCGAGCGCGACGGCGGACGUGUCGGCGCUGGACAUCCGCGUGGGCACGAUCCGGGCGGUGAAGCAGCACCCGAACGCGGACGCGCUGUACGUGGAGGAGAUCGACCUCGGGGAGGACAAGCCGCGGCAGGUCAUCAGCGGGCUGGUGAAGUUCGUGCCGCUGGACAAGAUGCAGGGCCGCCGCGUGUGCGUGGUGUGCAACCUCAAGCCCGCGAAGAUGCGCGACGUGAUGAGCUACGGGCUCGUGCUGUGCGCGUCCAACAAGGAGCACACGCAGGUCGACCCCAUCGCGCCGCCGGAGGGGGCCGCCAACGGCGAGCGCGUCACCGUCGAGGGGUUCGACGGCGAGCCCAUGCCCGAGAUCAACGAGCCGAAGAAGAAGAUCUUCGCGACGGUCAGCGACGAGUUCAUCACGACCAAGGACGGCGUUCCGACGUACCGCGGCAAGCCCUUCAGGACAGCGGCGGGGACGUGUGCGUCCUCGAUACCCGAUGCACUGGUCAAGUGA